UGUAAGAAAGUUACAGUCCUUUCUUGGACGAGCCCUCGGAGAAUAUACGGCAGUCGGCAGUACAACUUCAAUAUCUAACUGUCAAUUCAAUGGUCAUAUUCUACUGGAGUAUCGAUGAUAGAGUCGUGUUAGACAUAAAUGGCUUUAAACAGUUUCAACCUCUGUUAAACUUCUUGAAUUCUUAGCACAAACACCAAAAAUAUUUGUUCAAUAAUUUUUUUUAAGUAUUUCUACAUUCGCAAAUACCUACUGGUUAUUUGAGUUGGAAUUACAGAAUGCUAGAUAAAAUCGGAUCUCAUUAUGAACGGCAAGAAUCGAACUGGGUGGCUGAAGGAGGUUUUGGAAAUGAAACAGUGGUUGACCGAGUUCCAUCAGAUAUGAUGCAUCUGGUUGAUCCUUCUUGGUAUCAAUUUCCACCGAUGGAAUCAAUGUGGUACAAAUGGUUAGGCGUCACUAUAUUCUUCUUGGGUAUAUUAUCAGUUGUGGGUAAUGGAAUGGUGAUAUAUAUAUUUACCUGUACAAAAAAUCUUAGAACGCCAUCCAACUUACUGGUAGUUAACUUAGCGUUUUCCGAUUUUUGUUUGAUGUUCACUAUGUGUCCGGCAAUGGUUUGGAAUUGUUUUUACGAGACUUGGAUGUUCGGACCUUUUGCUUGCGAAUUGUAUGCUAUGUUUGGAUCAUUAUUUGGGGUUACAUCAAUAUGGACAAUGGUCUUUAUAGCUUUAGAUCGUUAUAAUGUAAUAGUAAAGGGAUUGUCUGCAAAACCUAUGACAACCAAGUUAGCACUAUUUCAAAUAUUUUGUAUAUAUCUGCAUGGACUUUUCUGGACUUUAACCCCUUUUUUUGGAUGGAGCCGAUAUGUACCAGAAGCAAACAUGACAGCAUGUGGCACUGAUUAUUUAACUUUGUCAUGGCACAGUCGUAGUUAUGUUUUAGUAUAUGGAAUGUUCGCAUACUAUUUACCUUUGCUUGUCAUCAUCUAUGCAUAUUAUUUUAUUGUGAAGGCAGUAGCAUCGCACGAGAAGUCUAUGAGAGAACAAGCAAAAAAAAUGAAUGUAUCUUCUCUAAGAUCUGGAGAUCAAAGCAAUACUAGUGCAGAAUUUAAGUUGGCUAAAGUGGCUUUAAUGACAAUUUCUUUAUGGUUCAUGGCUUGGACACCAUAUAUGGUUAUCAACUUUGCUGGAAUAUUUCAAUUAGUUACAAUUGAUCCAUUAUUUUCAAUCUGGGGAUCAGUUUUUGCAAAAGCAAAUGCAGUAUACAAUCCAAUAGUAUAUGCGAUUAGUCAUCCAAAAUAUAGAUUGGCAUUAGAUAAGAAGUUCCCAUGUCUAGUAUGUGGAAAAUUGGAAGAUGACAGGAGCGAUUCAAAAUCAGUUGCUUCUGCUCAAACAACUGUAUCUGAAGAUAAAGUCUAA